UACAAGUUCAAUCAAAUCCAAUAUGUCUCCAACGACUCGGAUAUUGUAAAUACCAUGAUAACAGAGACCAAAGAGAAUUCCUACCAAUGGGCUAUCUACAACACAUCACUAGCCUUCACAAUAUUGGCAUGGUUAAUAGUAUUCAUUCAAAUUGGCCUAGUAGUAUUAUAUUUGUUUGAUAUAAUGCGCUACUUCCCUAGCAUCACUCCAAAGAUUUCAAAGGUGUUGCCAUUCAUCUCAUUGAUAUUCUGCUUGAUAUCGAUGUUUGCGUUCCUCGGACUGCCCCUUGCAACAAAGAAGGAUUGUUUGAAUGUUAGUUUCAAGAAUGAUCGAUCGUGCCAGGGUGGAGCCAACAGUCAAUUCCUUGGUAAUGAGAAGUUGGAGCUACCAGACAACAUUGUCCAGUACAAUAGCUGGGGACCUGAUGUUGGAUGGUGUGCACAAGUUGUUGCAACAUCAAUUGUUAUAAUUGGAUCAGUUCUAAAUUAUACUCAUUGCAAGUAUAUUAUAUUGCCAAAA